UUGUUUACUUCUAGCAAAUAUUGUAUAUUUGCUUCUAGUUUACGAGCUGUGUAAUGUGUUUGUGUUUUUGACAUAUUUAGGGUAUUUUAAGGAAUGAAAUGGAGAUUGUUAAAUUUAUUGUGAAAGUAUAUUGAAUUCUUAAAUAGCAUUUCUAUAUAAGCUGUAACAUUAAAGUUUGGUUAGGUCAUCAGUAUGUACAGAUUAUUUUUUUAAUAUAUUCCUUCUAUACUUAAUGUUGAGAUGCCGAACCAGAGACUUGGUGUCGGAGUGGCGUGAGUUCGACUCCUCGCAAUCGCGAGAGCAAGACAUUUUCAUACCUGCUUCUGAACUGGCAUGGCGACCGCCCGGAGGUGCCCGGCGUUCGCGACGGGCCGCUCUCUGUUCACGACGGGCGACGGCUACUACUACUUCUGCAACAGCCAGAAGCAGUGCAAGCUGUACCUGCGCUGCAGCGACAAGCGCUGCAAGCUUCCCGGAGGAGGUGUGGCGCCGGCUCAACUACGCCAAGCUGGAGAGCACCAUGUACAAGGCGCGCAAGAAGAUGGAGCCCCCCGCGCCGGCCAGCCUGCAGGACUACGGCCGCCUGCUGGAGGACCCCCAGUACCUCGGCCGCUACGCGCUCACCGAGGACGGCCGGCCGUUCUACCGCGGCGUGCUGGGCCCGGAGGGGGAGCGCUGCGCCGUGUUCGUGUCGGACGCGCUGGCGGAGCUGCUGGUGGCGUCGCGCUGGUGGUUCGUGGACCACGGCCUGGGCGUGCGGCCCGUGAGCCCGCCCUCCGCGCAGCUGCUGGUCGUGUCCGCGCUGCACCAGGAGCACUUGUACCCGGCCGUGUUCGUGCUCAUGGAGCUGAAGACGGCGAAGGCGUACGAGGCGCUGUGCGAGCACAUCAGGAGCUGGGUCGGCGACCACUCCCCGGACAGCAUCGUGACGGACUUCGACCCGGUGCUGCAGGCCGCCUUCGAGGCAGCGUUCCCGCGCAGCAGCGUGCAGGGAGCCUGGUACUACUACGCGCAGUGGGUGGGCAGGCAGGCGGUGGCGCUGGGACUGCAGCCCCACCUGUGCGAGAGCACGGCCGCGCGCGCCGUGCUGAAGAUGUGCAUGGUGCUGCCGCUGCUGGGGCCCGCGCUGCUGGCCCCCGGGCUGGAGGCGUGCGUGCAGUACGCGCGCACGGUGGGCCGGGCCGAGCAGCUGGCCGCGCUGUUCGCAGCCGUGCGCGCGCGGUGGCUUGGGCCGAGCACCAGCGUGCACGACUGCCCGCAGCGCACCAACAACCACCACGACAACUACAAGCGCCACUUCAGGAAGAGGAUGGGGCUGCACUGCAAGAACGCCUGGUCCUUCACGGAUGCCCUGCGCGCGGAGGAGCGGGUGUGCCGACUGGACCUGACGCGCACCAGGAACGGCAUGAGCGUGACGCGCACGCGCAGGGCUCGCUGGCUGCUGGAGGACGGCAAGGUCCUGGCCGCGACUGCCGCGCUCCUGAGCGGCAAGAUCUCCGUGUUCAAGUUCCUGCAGCGCACCAGCGCGGCCGUCAACGCCAUCCUGAACAAGGCCCUCUUCCACCGCCGCGCGGAGCUGGCCGGCACGAUCCGUGCGGUGGAGUCCGAGCACGAGGAGGCCUUCAACGCGGAGGAAGACGAGCUGAGCGACUGGCAGGGCCACUGGCUGGCCGGCGAGGACCUGGGGGAGGGGGAGGACGAGCCGGAGUGCUGCGCCAUGUGCCUGGCGCGGCCCCCCAAUGUGCAGCUGGAGCCGUGCAGCCACACGCCGGCCUGCAGCGAGUGCUGGGAGCAGUGGCAGCAGCACUCGGACAUCUGCCCCGUGUGCGGGCAGGAGGCCCACGGCUCCGUCACCAUCCUGCUGCCGUAGCCGUGCGUUUCAUCGCAGUAUCGUCACACACCUCAUUUGAUAAGUAGGGGUGCGAUUUCCAUGUGAAAAAAAAGCAUUUCCGUGGAGCUAUAAUUAUCCAUAUAAACAAAACCCAUUCAUGGAAAGUACUUUCAUUUAGAAAGUCGAGUACACGAAAACACGCCAAACAAUUUAAACUAAUAAUUCACGCAACAAACACACAUUUUGUUCGACUUUAAAUACAAAAACGUAAACCGUAACCCGAACAUGAGCUGGAACUAACGCAUAACUGUCGUAGGACGCACCAACCACGAAAGAGUGCAGGCUAUCAAAUGUAAUUUACGCAGCUAGAGAUCUGCAUGCAAUCGGCGAGCUACCGAUAUUGAUGUUCGACUGUGUGUGUGCACUCAGCACGGGCAUCAUCUGAACCCAACAUGAAUGAUGCCAACUAGCGCUGGCUGCAUUUUCGUAAGCAGUACACAGCGGUGACUAGGACGAACAGAUAAAGCUUAUAAUGAUUGAAAACAUCCUUAAAAAAAGAUUUACACAUCAAAUGUCAUAUUUCUGUUAAUUAUAUAAGUAAGCGGUAAUAUCCGAACAAAUAAUAGAUUUAAACUUUAAAAAACAUAGUUUUGUACGGGAAAAGAAGUUUAUGGGCAACAUUUUAAAUGGUAAAAAAUAAUCAAUAUCUUAUUGAAAAAGUGGCGGGACUGAAAAUUUUGACCUUGUUUGAAGGGAAAUUGUAUUGAGCAGGUACAACUGAAACGACUAUUGUAAUUGUAUUUUCCCAUUAUAACUACCAAACCGCCUGACAGCAACUUGAAAACCGAUUGCUGUUGCACGGAGCUUUAUCCUAUCAUGUUUACUAUCUGCUCAAAGCGCUCAGAAUCUCAGUGGGACAAAAAACAUAAUGCAACGUUUAUGCGACAAUUUUUUUCUUCCCAAUUUUGUUGCCCUAAAAUAUGGUGCGACGAUUAUGCGAUGAAACACAGUACUCGUCGCAAAUAUGUUACUUGCAGUGUCAAGUAGAAAGCAAGAUGCAAUGUGUUGUGCUGACAAGAGUUGUAAUGAACUGGUCCGUCGACAUGAACAUGCCAGCGUGGGGAAGUUACGGAUCGCAGCAUUUUGUCGGACAUCCGAGUCUAGUGGUCCUUGAACUUUUGUGUUUUUUGUAGAGCUUUUAAUUUAUAGCAUAUACACACAAGUAUAGUGAAAUAAAGUUAAGCACAACUUUUA